AUGGUAAAGCUUAAAGAAGAAAUUGAUCAUGAAAGUUGGUGUCAGAAGAUUGAGGCUCAGGUAUAUCAUCUUACUGCAGAAGUUGAAAGACAAACCAAGCUAAGAGAAAGUGAGAAACACGAGUUGGAGAAAAGAUUGAGAGAAUGUGAAAACACCUUAGCAGAAGCAGAAAAGAACUCGGUUACAAGGUUCAAGAGGGUUGAGGAUGACGCCACUUACAGGUAUGAGUCUAAAAUCGCGAAGCUGCAGAAGGAAUUGGAAGAUGAACAUGCUCGGUCCAACUCAGCAGAAGAGAAACUUAGACAAAUAAAAGGCAUUAUAAGUGAUGGCGAAGCUUCAUCACAGCUCUUGCAGAAAUUUAUGCAAGAACUUUCCCAAAUUUAUGAUUCGAUAGAGGAGCUCCAGAGAGACAAGCCUGUGAAGGGAGAUAUUCCAAAUGGAUCAUCAGAAUCUGGAGUUCAUAUAGACUUACAGAGAUUACAAGAGUUAGAAAAAUCUUUAUCUGAUCCAAGAGCUAAUAUAGCAAGACUUUGUGAAGAAGGCAUAUAUACUUAUUUCUUCCUGAUUAAGUCCGAAGACGUGAAAGUUCAAAGCAUGGCCAUUGAAGUGGUAGCUAGUCUUGCCGGUGAAAAAUCUAUCCAGGUGAAUAUUGCGAAGGAAGGAGGUGUAGAAGCUUUGCUUAUGCAUCUUCAGUCAUCUCAAAAUUCAAAAAUUCAAAAAGCCGCUUCUUGUGCAAUUGCUAAUUUGGCCAUGGAUGAGAAGAAUCAACAUCUAAUAAUGAAUAAAGGUGGUGCUAAACUGCUAGCAAAGAUGGUGACCAAAACAGAUGAUCCACAGAUUCUGAGAAUGGUAGCUGGUGCACUUGCCAAUUUAUGCGGAAACGAUAGGCUUCUUGAGCAGCUGAAAGAAGAGGGAUGCAUCAAGGCGCUACUCACAAUGGCGCAAUCCGGAAACUUAAGUAUCAUUGCUCAAGUGGCAAGAGGGAUGGCAAAUUUUGCAAAUUGUGAAAUCCACGAAAUUAAUCAAGGGCGUAGAAAAGGUCGUUCUCGUCUUAUGGAAGAGGGUAUUCUUGAAUGGUUGACUUCAAACUCGCAUAUUGAUUCAGCAUCAAUACAAAAUAACAUUGACCUUGCACUUUGCCGCUUAGCUCAAAAUGAGGAAAACGACAACGAUUUCAUAAGUACGGGAAGCAUGGCAGAGAUCGUAAGAAUAUCAGUAGAGUCGAGCAGAGAUGACUUGCGCAGCAUAACAAGGUUGAUACUCGAAUCAAGCCCUUACCGUAAUCAAGGAGAGAAGCUAAGAUUGUCACAAAAUACCUCUGACAGGAGAUUAUGUGUUGUGGCCUUUUAUUUGAUUCUAUUUUCUUUCUCCUUGCUAACUAUUAUGAACGGUUUUCUUGACGUUUCGAUAUCUUGA